AUGAGCUGCGUUGCUCCCGCGAGGAGGAUUCUGAAUGACAAAGACUCCCCUCCAUCAGAUCAGACCUACUUGCAAGCAGCAGCCAUUUUCCAGCAGCUGCAAACAGAGAAGACAGUCACGCAACAACGUCUGCAUUAUGGGAAGAAGACAGACGCACCACUACCAAAGAGCGGAGACAAAACCACAGAGAGACAGGCCUACCAGCUCGCCUUCAACACACUCAAAUACCGAGAUUUACUGGAGGACAUCAUUACGGACAGCUGCUUCCACACUUCUCAGCAUAUUUCUGGCGACUUGUUGCCUUUGGCGAUGGUGAUGCUGUUUGACUUCCAAGACCGAAGGUUUUUGUUGCGCGAACGUUCAACAAAGGAAGGGGAGGAGCCUCUGCAGGAAGUCAGGGACCUGGAGGGCAGUCUGCAGAGGUGUAAGACCAAGCUGGCAGCAUCUCUUGCUCGCUGCAGAGUGAAACAGAAUCUGCAGAGCGUCUCCUGUUUUCUGUCUGACCCCGUCAGGAUGAAACAGCACAGAGCAAAACGUCUACCACUUUACGCAUGGGUCAAUACUCUCAAGACCAGUGUUGAGGAAGUGUGUGAAGCGUUACAAAGCGCUGGCUUGUGUGAAGUGGAGAACAUGAAGGACCUUGGGGGGUCGACGUUCUGCAGAGACCCUCUCUGUCCAGACACACUCGUCUUCUCCCAACAGCAACAUGCUCUGCUCCAGCACAGCAGCCUCUCAGUUACACAAGCACUUUACAUACAGGAGUGUGUGUGUGUGGCAGUGAGCGUGUUACGCCCCCUGCUGUUUGAAAAUGCCGACGUGCUGGUGGUGGGGUCUUUCUCAGCAGUGACUGUGGCGCACAUAGCUGUCGUGGCCGCUGCUCGCUCCGGCCGAGUGCUGGUGUGUGGUGCUGAUCACACACCUUUACACAUAGAAGAGAUACAAGAACUACUCACACAAAUGGACAUCAAAAAUGUGCGAGUCCUGACAGAAGCGUUCUGUGGUCUGGAUGAGAGGAACGCCGCUGUCCAUCGUUUAAAGGCCAUCAUGGUGCUGCCUCAGUGUUCAUCCUCUGCCCUCAGUGACCCUGUGCCCACCAUCCACAGUGAAUAUGGAGACUGGGAUCUGCUGCCAGACUUGUCCUACGGUUCUGUAUCCCAGAGCAAAAUACACACAAUGGCCACCCAGCAGGCACGACUACUAGCACACACUCUCUCCUUCCCAAAGGUUCAGACAGUGGUCUACUGCACACGCUCAGUGUAUCCUGAGGAAAACGAACAGCUGGUGAAAAGUGUGUUAGGGAAAACACACAGUCACCCCAAACUGCUGCCCUUCAGGGUGAACGGUCCGAUUUUCCCAGACAACCCCCAGGCAGGAGACACGACUGACUCCAAGUUCUUCAGGCUGGAAACAUCUGAGUUCACCAACGGCUGCUUCAUUGCGCGGCUUUCCCGACAGGCAGAUCCCACCAAGGUGGAAACAGUCCAGGAUGUGCUGGCAAGGGCAGCAGCAAAGGGCCUCCUGGGUGGAAUAAUUCCUGAACAAUCAAAACCUGGUAAAAAGGGAAAGAGCAGGAAGAAUCGCGUAGCUUCAGCCAGCAGCGAACCUUCAUCCACCCCAGACCAAGCGAGGCAGGCAAGAAUCGACUCUUCAGAACAGGAAGAGAAGAAAGGUGAAUGUAGUGAGGAGGAAAAAGAUGAGGUACAGGAGGAAGAUUUGGGGGGUAAGGGAGGAAAGAAGAGGAGAGGGCUUAAAGGGAGUAAGCGAAAGGUCAAACGACAAACCAACUGGACCACAGUCUCAAAGCAUAACCCUGAAAGCCACAAGAAACCAACAAAGAGUAAAGUCAAACAACCGCAUCACAAGAGGCGUCUGACAAAAAGUAAACUGCGAAGAAUACCUCGUCUCACACUGUCAUUAAUGUCCUCUGCAAAACCCUCCAACUACUUGUCACCAAUCACAGCCCUUGCGCACAAGAUAAGUGACAAUCCAGCAAUUAAAUCUCAGCAGACUGUCUCUAGCACCCCUUCCCCUGCCCGUCCUGCUCCACCCACUCCCCAUGCAGCCUCCAAGCAGGUGCAGAGACAAAACACAGAGCCUGAGAGAGCAGGGAAAACACACAAGGAUGCAGCUCAACCACAAAGCCUGUUUAAGGCCAGGGGAAAGGUGGUCAGACCUAAAACAGAGGUGGAGACACAGAUCAUGUCAAAGCAUGCAGAUUUUGUCCUGCCACCCAUUUCCUUCCCAUCCUCCAGCUCCCCAAGCAGCAGGAAUGGCAGUUCUCCAUCUCAGCGUCUGUCACGGGCCUCCCCCUCUCAGCUCACCUAAAUAUGUGCAUCUUCCACCUCCGUCUCUCUGCCUGGAUUAUAGAAAUGUGGAGAUCAUGCUCACUGAUGUGGUAAAUUAAACUACUAGCAUGUUCUGACACUACAGAUCAUAAAGGACCCCCAAGUACAUUAUUUAAAAAAAAAAAUUCUUUUUAAAUGUAAUUAUUGUAUUAAAUGUAUUCUUAGAGAAGCAUGUUUUACUUAUUUGACUGUGUACUAGAUUGUAUUUCGUUUUUUUUCCCGUCAUAAGAUGGCAGCUUAAUAGAAAUAAACAUGUGAAAGAUC